AAAAUAAGUGGCGUCACAAGAAAAUCUGGUACUAAUACGGUGUCGCAAAAAAUAGUUUCAGUUGUUGUUGAGAGAAACUGUUGCUGAAGGAAAUGGACUGUAUGAAGUGUCUGUGUUGUCGCUCCAUUACUACAGAUCGAAGUCGACCACUUCGCAUAGUAAUGAUUGGAAAAACUGGAGUGGGAAAAAGUGCUGUGGGGAACACCAUCCUUGGUAGAAAGGUUUUUCACUCAAGCCCCUCUGCAAACUCUGUUACUCACUUGUGCCAAAAAGCAAUGGUCUAUGACCAUAGAGACAUUUAUGUGAUUGACACACCUGGAAUCUUGGAUACCAGUAAGGCGAAAGAUCUCAUCAAAAGAGAAAUAGUGAGAUGUAUUCAGGUUUCAGCACCAGGUCCUCAUGUGUUCCUGCUGGUGAUACAAAUUGGUCGUUUCACUGCUGAGGAGCAAAAAUCUGUCCAAGCCCUGCAAGAGCUGUUUGGUGAAGAAGCUUCAAGACACAUGAUAGUGGUCUUCACUCACGGAGAUUUACUCAAUGGUCAAAAAAUAGAAGACUACGUAGCAGGAGGCCAUCCAGAACUCCGCAAAGUGAUCCAGAGGUGUGGUAGUAGAUAUGUUGCUUUUAAUAACAAUGACUCAAAGAAUCGAGCUCAAGUCAAGAAAUUAAUGGAGAAAAUUGAUGAAAUGGUGUCAGUAAAUGGGGGAGAAUGCUUCACUCAAGAAAUGUUUCAAGAAGCGGAAGAAAAAAUUCAGCAACAGAAGGUGGAGAGAGCGGUCGCAGAGCUUCUGGAAUAUCAGUUUAGCUUUCUUGGGGUUCUUGAUGACAGAGUCGUUUUGUUCCAGCAAACAUUGAUGGAAGGUGUUCGCGAACAGUUUGCUAUUGAAAGUGGCUCUUGUGGUUACUAAAGAGACUUAAAUCAGACACAUCUUCCCCUGGUUUCACAGACAAAGCUUAAGCUAGUCCUAGACAAAAAUGCAUGUUUGAGCUGUUUUAACUGAAAGCAAAUUGCACUGAUAUAUAUCUUAAAAUAUGUCUCAAGAUGCACACUGGUAAUGUUUUUUUUCUAAGGCACGUUUAUAAAACCCUAGUUGAACUAAGGGCUAAUCCUGGCUUAAUCUAAGCCCUGUCUGUGAAACCAGGCCCUUAUGUUUUUGUUCAGCGGUAGUUUUAUAUUACACCUUACUCAUUUAUGUGAUGUUAUACAGUUUAUGCAUUUAAUUUGCCAGAGGUGGCCAACCUUCUAAAUAAUGAAUGUAGUUUUCUUGAGAUCCUUGAUGAAUCAUUUUUUUUCCAAAAGAUCUUGAUCUGCAACUUGACCCUAUACUUUUAUCAAAUGACCUCACAGUGACAUUUAUUGUGCAGUUUCAUUUUAACAUGUUAGAAAAAUGAAUUCUGUUGUGGUGAAAUAAGAUCUUAUUUAAAGUGUUAUAAUUUGUCUGCAGCACAUUGCAGAAUCAAUUUGUGGAAACAGACUCCUUCGUGAAGGCACUGUAUUCUCUAGCACAUUUGUUUUUGUGUACAGUACAUAGUGAUGGUAUACAUUAGAUUAGCAGUAUGCCUACUGUAAUUACAGGCAUCAAAAUCGUUUUCAGAAUUCACAAAGAAAAACUGUCUACUUUAUAACUCUAGACCAUUGUAUUGCUGUCUAAUCUAUGAAUAAUAAUGUGACUUUUUAAAUUUCAUUUUAAGACAUUGUAAACUUUCCACAAUUUAGCAUUUUUUUUUACUUAUCUUUUAACAUUUGUUAAGAAUCAGUUAUACUCUGUACAUAAAUGUAAAAUUGUUAAAUACAAGUAAAAUGUUAUACUGUGAAAACAA